AUGGUAUAUUUUGGACAGCGGUAGGGAUGUUUGACGGAAGUUUUGAUUUCUCAAAAAAAAAACUGCUAAAUUAUUUUAAGAUCUGUUUACUUCUUCCUAACUCCAAAUUCUGAUUCUCGAAAAUAUCUUGAACCAAUAUUCUUCGAGAAAUACGGUUCGGAUUCUCAAAAGACUGCAAUGGUUGGCACGGUAUUUCAAGAUAGAGGAAAAGUAAAUGAAGAAGAAGUUAUGAGAAGUUGGAUGGGUGCAGGAAUUUUAACAGUAUUCUCAAUAUACGCGGUGUCUAUGUAUUUUACAUUGGGAUUCAAAAUUAUUUCGAAACUUCAAAAAUACCAGGCUCUUUCGGUUGCCACGAAAAAACUUCAUGGUCAGUUAUUUCGAGCAUUGGUUGUUCAAACAAUAAUUCCUUGUUUCACAACUUUUAUACCUUGUGUUAUUGGAUGGUAUUCUCCAUUUCUUAAUCUCGAAUUAUCUGAUUCAACAUUUGCUGCUAUUUUUGCAAAUACGGCGUUUCCACUUAUUGACCCUUUAGCAAUAGUUCUACUUCUUCCAAAUUAUAGAAAUCGAAUCUUUCCCAAAUUUUCCAAACCAAAAAAGAUAAAUCCAAUAUCUGCAGCAUCAACUAAAUGA